CAGGGGGUUUAAAGGCUAAGGGAAAGAGCAAAGAGCUGUUUGGGAUCCAAGUGCUUCGGUUUUGCAGCAGCAGAGUAAAAGGGAGGGGUUGUGUUGGUGAAUAUGGUUCUUGAGGGUGCAAACAAUGUCUGGGACUGGUCGCUGUUUCCCUUCCCAGGUGGCCCAGUGUUGUGCUUGGAGAACAGCUGUGUUCUGGCUGUGUGCUGGGCACGGGGAUGUUUCUGUUAUGUUGACAGCCAGAGAGCAGGCUGAAGUUGUGUGUGAUGUUCUCGGGCCUCCUAGAAAGGUUGGGAUUUGCUUUUUAAGAAAUCAGUGGUUAAUGACUCCUUGACAGAUGCUGCCACGGGAAUUAAAAGGAGCACGUUCUGCUUGCUAUCAUCACGGUUCUCUCUACUGUUCAGUUAUGAGAUCCUUUUAUCUUGCCUGCUGCACACUGAAGUACAAGUUAAAAUAUGUUGUGUCUUUCAAAACAAUAAGCAAAACAGAUGAAAGGAUGUCUGGGUGCACCGGUUGCUAAAUCCAUCAUUAAACCUUUAAAAGGCUGUUUGCAGGUUGAACCAAGCCAUUUAAGCAGACUAUACAAAAAUCUUCCCAGUAUGUUACACAGAACUGUUUCGGGAGUUGAAAUUUGUUUUCAUUAAGUUAAUGUUUAAUAGAUUUAUUUUUUUGCUAACUGUGGAAAUGACAUACUUUAUCUGCUGCCUCUGCAGCCCUGCUGACUGACACUCCUGCUUGUCAGGCUCGUUGUAUGAAGGCUGCGUUCUGCUUGGAGACGUUUUGUAGUAGAGUGAGUACUAACACCUAUUGUCAGCCCUGCCUUGGGAGCUCUCCCUCCACCUACAAGCAGCGUUACGAGAACUGAGAAUGAUCUGAAUUACUCAGCUGUGCUGCUCAGUGGGCUGUGGAGCCACAGCGCGAUUUGUUUUGGUUGCUGCCUGCCCUUCGCUGCUUUCUGCGCAAGUGGGACCUCAUCCCUCCGUGCUGGCUGGAGGAAUGAAGGGGUCAGCGUGGCUUUCCUGGAAGGUGUUCAGUCCCAUUUUUAGAAGUGUUUGAGUGUUUGGUGGUAGAAGAGUGGGGGCAGCUACACAUUGGUCAGCAUCACCAUGUGCCUGCCCCCACGGAGGAGCAGCCGGUGCUGUGGGUGCUGACAGACUUCAGGGCUGGUCCAGCUGAAACCUGACAAACCUGAGGGCUGGUGCAGCUGAAGACUGAUGAGGCUGAGCUGGAGCAGUGCCCAGGUGUGAUCGUGGGGCUGAAUCCUGCUGGGCUGGGAAGCAGCCCUGGCAGAAGGGCCAGGAGAUGGGCAAGGGACAUGCUGAGCUGGGAGCGUGGCCACCACAGGCAGUUUGACACUCCUCAGUUUUACAGGGGUGAGGCUGCUCUUGGGAUGAUCUUUCCCAGGGAUGAUCUUUCCCGUUACUCUGCUUUCCCCAAGUGUCUCAGAGACGUUGAGAAACUGGGAGAGAGUCUGUCAGCGGGCUGCUGGAGUGGCAGCGGCUUGGACUCCUGUCCGGGGAGAUGGGGAGGGUGCUCAGGAAAAGUCCUUCUGAGCAGCUGCCUGUGAAGAAACAGCCCCAGGGACACCCGUGGAAAACAGCGCGGUAACGAAACAAAUUCUGGUGUAGCUGAAUUACCUGCUCAGCGCUGCGGAGCUUUCCAAGGCGUACUUUAAUGGUAGAAUGACAGAUUGAUUCAGUACGUAUUAACUCAGGCAAAUCACACCAGAUAUUUGAUUGCACUCUUGUCUUAAUUCUAAUAGCGUUCACUGGGGAGCCCGAUAGUUUGAUUUAAUGUGGCUUCAUCUGCUACGGAGAGAUUCCCAAAGCUGCUCUUCCAGCCGCUGAUUUGUUAUGUUCUAAUUUUGCAGGAAUUGCAUUAUUUUCCUUUCUGCAAGAUCUCAAUAUUUAAGAGUGUAAUUCAUUAAAUGCCAUUUACAUAUUUUUAAAGAUCUUGCUUUCGUUCGGGAUGCUUUUUGUAAAUAAUUUCUGUAGAAUUAAAGAGGAAGAACUCCUGUUCUUGAGAGCCCUUGCUGAAUGCAAGCCUUCGAAGCGCUGGUUCUGCUGCUGGGGGUGCUGGUGCCAUGCUGCUGAGGCAGGCUGGCGGUGGGGAGGGCACCCCAGGAAACCGAAGGAAGAGGAGCAGCGAUGUUUGCCUUCUGCUCUGGGAUGUUUUCCAGUAGUUCAGUGUGUGGGAAUGGCUGGAGGAUAGCCCGAUGACCCCAGAGUAGGCACAGUAGGGUUGUAAAGGUCAGUGAGAGCCGAGCUUUAGGGCAGAUCUCAAGUUGAUACCGUGCUGUCAACCAUCCUGCCUUCAAAUUUGGGAGCUGGAGAUGAGAAUGCUGCUCUAUGGGAGGAGAAGGAAACAUCUCCUGGCUCCACGAGAGCCUUGCAGCUCUCUUAUUAGGAGCCUGCAGCUUGUUUUGUGUUUGGUUUGCAUGGAUAGAGGAGAUCUAAGAUCUUGUCCUGGUGAAGGCUGCCACUCCUCUUCAUUGGGCUCACAGAAAGUUACGUGUGCCAGCUGAGCCAUUCGGAGCCUUGGCAUGAGACAGUUUUGUGAUGUUUAAAUGAGAAAACUGCACCAGAGGGUCUGAAGCGUGCACGCAUUGCUUUGUGCUGCUGCCAGCUUCUGGCUUGGGGGUAGGUAGCCCCUCAGCUGACGGUGUGCUGGGGAUCCUCUUGCUGCCCUGUUCAUCUUGGGUUUCUUCAGAUGGCACCAAAAUGGUACGUGGAGAGCAGCACAAAUGGUAACUCUGGAGUUGUACUGGUUUUCUUCCAACAAAGAUCCACAAGUAUCGAUGAAAAACCUUUGAGAGUCCUAAAAAGUCCUUAAAUUCAUGCAUUUACUGUGGGCUGCACCUAACCUGAAAGGAUUCUGCAGCAAUUCUGGCGUCUGUCCCUUAGCAGUCAAAUGAAGUGAUGCUUGUUUGGGAGUCUGUGCUUUGUAAGUGUUACACUGCGAGGACUCCUUGUCACUCUUAACUGGCUGAACUUCUAAAGGCAGCAAGCAGGAACAUCAUUUGCAACGGGCUAUCUCAGCACAACAAGUCUUCAGAGAAAAGAAAGAGAGCAUGGUUAUCCCAGUUCCUGAAGCAGAGAGCAAUGUCAACUAUUACAAUCGUUUGUAUAAAGGAGAGUUUAAGCAACCAAAGCAGUUCAUUCACAUUCAACCCUUUAAUCUGGACAAUGAACAGCCAGAUUACGAUAUGGACUCUGAGGAUGAAACCUUACUGAACAGACUAAAUCGGAAGAUGGAAAUCAAGCCACUGCAGUUUGAAAUAAUGAUCGACAGACUUGAAAAAGCCAGUUCUAGUCAGCUUGUAACACUUCAGGAAGCUAAAUUGCUGCUAAAUGAGGAUGACUACCUUAUUAAGGCUGUAUAUGACUACUGGGUAAGAAAGCGUAAGAAUUGCAGAGGACCAUCUCUCAUCCCUCAAAUCAAACAAGAAAAGAGGGAUGGCUCCACCAACAAUGACCCUUAUGUUGCCUUUCGGAGGAGAACUGAGAAGAUGCAGACAAGAAAGAAUCGAAAGAAUGAUGAAGCAUCUUACGAGAAGAUGUUGAAAUUGAGAAGAGAGUUUAGCAGAGCCAUAACAAUUUUGGAGAUGAUUAAGAGAAGAGAGAAAACAAAACGCGAGCUAUUGCAUUUAACAUUGGAAGUUGUAGAGAAAAGGUACCAUCUAGGUGAUUAUGGAGGUGAAAUCCUCAAUGAAGUGAAACUUAACAGACCUGAAAAAGAGAUGAGCACAACUCCAUCCACUCUUCAUAAUGGAAAUCAUCACAAAGUUCAAGAAUGUAAAAUUAAGCAUCCUCAUCAUUCAUCUCUAAAGGAGGAGGUAUCAGAUGUUGUCCGUCAAAAGAAGAAGUAUCUAAAGAAACCUAAAAUAGAGUGUGUGGUAACUCCUCAACAGCCCUCUGCCGAGCCCUUGCCUGUUAUCAACAAGAGUGAUAUUAAACAGUAUGACUUCCACAGUUCAGACGAAGAUGAGUUCCCGCAGGUACCCUCACCAAUAUCGGAAGCAGAAGAGGAAAAUGAUCCUGAUGGACCUUGUGCUUUCAGGAGAAGAGCAGGAUGCCAGUAUUAUGCUCCUCGUUUGGACCAAAUUAAUUCUCCAUAUGAAAAUUCAGAAUUGGCAGAAUUGGACAAACUGAGGUUCAGGCAUUGCCUUACAACCCUUACAAUUCCAAGAAGAUGUAUAGGAUUUGCGAGAAGACGAGUUGGCAGGGGUGGAAGGGUUAUAAUGGACCGAAUAUCUACAGAACAUGAUCCUGUCUUGAGGCAGAUUGACCCGGAAAUGCUGAACAGUUUUUCAAGCUCUUCCCAGACUUUAGACUUUUCUUCUAAUUUUUCACGGACCAAUGCUUCCAAUAAACGUUGUGAAAACAGACUGUCCCUUUCUGAAAUACUAAGCAAUAUCAGAUCAUGUCGACUGCAGUGUUUUCAGCCAAGGCUACUAAAUCUCCAGGACAGUGAUAGUGAAGAAUGUACCUCAAGGAAACCAGGGCAGACUGUGAAUAACAAAAGAGUUUCUGCAGCAUCUGUAGCUUUAUUGAACACCAGCAAGAAUGGCAUAUCAGUAACAGGGGGUAUCACAGAAGAACAAUUUCAGACACAUCAACAGCAGUUAGUUCAAAUGCAGAGGCAACAACUUGCUCAGCUUCAACAGAAACAGCAAUCUCAGCAUUCCUCGCAACAGACACAUCCGAAAGCACAGGGCUCCAGCACCUCUGACUGUAUGUCAAAAACACUUGAUUCAGCCAGUGCCCACUUUGCUGCAUCUGCAGUGGUUAGUGCACCUGCUCCGAGUCGCAGUGAGGUAACGAAGGAACAAAACACCAGCCACAACAAUAUUAAUGGUGUUGUCCAGCCUUCAGGAACCUCUAGAACGUUGUACUCCACCAACAUGGCUUUAUCAUCCAGCCCAGGGAUUUCAACCGUACAGCUUGUAAGGACAGUUGGCCACACCACCACAAACCACUUAAUUCCAGCAUUGUGCACAAGCAGCCCUCAAACUCUUCCCAUGAACAAUUCUUGCCUGACUAACGCAGUGCACCUCAACAAUGUCAGUGUUGUUUCUCCAGUCAAUGUGCAUAUCAAUACAAGGACUUCAGCACCAUCGCCAACAGCCUUAAAACUUGCCACAGUUGCUGCCAGUAUGGACAGAGUGCCAAAGGUAACUCCUAGCAGUGCCAUCAGCAGUAUAGCAAGAGAGAACCAUGAACCAGAACGACUGGGUUUAAACGGCAUAGCAGAGACAACAGUAGCAAUGGAAGUGACAUAACCUCAAACCAGUGUCUCAACCUGUGCUAAUGGUGUAGUCAUUUAUAUUCCAACUGAAUGCAAAAUACAGCACUCUGUGGAUCACAGAGAACUAAAAUGGACCUAAAUGGACUAUCAUUAUAUCGUGUAUUAAGUCGAUAUAUAAUGUAAAUUUUGUAAAAUUGGGAAAAUCACUACCUUGUAAAAUAGUUUAUUUGUAUCAUCAAUAUUAUUUCUGUUACUUGAAUAGUAGAUAUUCAUCAUCAUGCUUUUGCACUUGAAUUUGCAACUGAAUGGAUUAAAAAAAUAAUUCUUUAAUGGGAUCAUGAGCAUGAAAUGGGAUCCUGCAUCACUUGUUUUAACUAUUUAUUUUGCCAUGUUUACAUUUUGUAUCUUGUACAAAUAAAUCCAACUUUGUGUCUAAAAAAAAAAGUUAAAGAUUCAUAGCUAGGAGACAAAAUUCUUGUAAUUUUUUUCUAAAGGAAAUGUAAAGUUUUCACUUGGUUCAUUUUGUUUCACAAUUUGACUAGAUGGACUUUUUGGUAAAUACUUUAGUGGCAUUUCACUGUCAAAUAUGAAGUUCAAGGCAAAAUAGUAUUUUCUAUUACUGUGCAGGGGAAAGGGAUGGAUCGAUACAUGCAAAUUUAAUGUAGUAACUCACUUUUCCAUAUAUUUUGAAUGUAUAUUUCUAUUUAUAAUACCAGUUUAUAAAAAAUAAUUACACAGGAAAAAAAAACUGACUAGGAAAAUUAUGCAUCUAGCACACAUGAAAUUGUGCAGAUAUGAGAAAAUUUUCAACUGAUUACAUUUUAUCUGAAGACUGCAUAUUUUAACCGGCUUUAAAACUGUAACACACCACAUAAAGGAUAUUUUACCAGGUAUGUAUUGCAUUAUAUAUCAUUGCAAUAAUUAUUGGAUGUCUAGAUAUCGAGCCAUCCCAGGUGGUGGGGGGGAGGGAGGGUUGUGGCAAGAUUGUCUUUUCAAUUUUGGAGAGUUUUCCUGUGGCUACAAGGCAAGUAACGGGUUGGAAAAAGUCUGACUGUAAGCGUUGGACACCUUCGUAGUGUAGUGUUUUAGUGACUUUUUUUAUACGGUUCUUGUAAAUUAGAUACGUGUAGUGGUGUUUCAGAAUGUUUGUUUAUGCACUAGUUCAGACAACUUUCCCUGUUACUUGUUCUUGAUAAGUGAAAACUGCAGGGAAAUAAAAAUACAUAUCAAAACAUGGA